AUGGCUGGAAAUUAUUACCGACUGCAUUCGAACGACUUUGGUCAUGCGAGGUCCCCCAAGUGCAUUAGGGGAACUGAAGAAUGUCCUAAAAACGUGGACAACUGGAGUUUCAGCCCUGUGCACUACAGCUAUUCUUUGAAGAAUUUAGAAGAAGCAGAUAGACAUUGGUUGGUGUACUCAAAGAGCAAGCUUUUUUGUUGCAAGCUUAUUUCGUCAUCUACAGUAAAAAUUGCAAAGAACGUGGAUCGUGUUUUCCGAGAGACUGCCGAAGCCCAUCAUCAAAGGCUUCUGAAUACUGAAAGCGAACAUUGGAAAAAUAUUCUUGAGCACUUAAUAGCAGUAAUUCAUUUCCUGGGUCAGCACUGUCUGCCUUUGAGAGGAAGUACAGAUACACUCUUUCAGCCUGACAACAGAAACUUCUUGAAACUUGUUGAAUUAUUCAGAAAGUUCGACACUGUGAUGAUGGAGCACCUGCACAGAACAAAGCAAGGUGAGAACAAGGGUCAUCAUUAUCUUGGAAAAGAAACAAAGAAUCAAAUAAUUCAUCUUAUUGGAUCAUCUAUAACCAACAACGUUCUAUUAAUGAUGAAAUCUGCAAAGUAUUACAGUAUAAUUCCGGACUGCACACAAGAUAUUUCAAAAGUUGAGCAGAUGACAGUUGUGGUACGUUUCGUCCAGGAGACAAGACUCCACGGGGUAUAUGAUGUCCAAAUUUGUGAGCAUUUCCUGGGAUUUCUUCCAGUGCCUGAUUCUUUAUGCUCCACUUUGAUGCAAGUCGUACUCAAGUUCUUGGAAGAUAAAAAAAUCCUAUUGUGUAAUAUGAGAGGGCAAGAAAGAAGUUUGAUCUCCAGAAAUGAAUUUCAGAUAUGA